AUGGAUUGUAACGGCAACCUAGCGGAGAACCCAUUCCUGAAGGUAAUUACGAUUUUUAUACAUCGUCAACCGCGCCCACCGAAAAUGUUUUAUUUCAGCAGGACAAUGCGGCGAAGCGGCUGAUAAGGCGACGGCCGAUUGUUAUUAGGGAUACGGACACAAAGAAAAGUACGAAUCGCUUUAAUACCUAAGAGAAGAGCAGGAAAACGAACGUUUUCCAUGUGAAAAAUAGAAACAGUAGGAAGAAGAAAUGACACGUUAUCCUGUUGGUGUACUUGCUAUUCAUUUGCUGUUAGUUGCGCGCAGUACGCUGAUAUAAAUGCUAUCUUAUCACCAAAACGAGCAACCAAUAACCUCCCAUCCAAUGUGCAUUUUGUUGAGCGAGCGAGCAAGCGAGAGAGCGAGAGAGGUGUAUUUGAACUUUUAUUGCCUACCUGUCUUCUUAUUAUUUUCUUUUUGCAGACAGUACCGGUUUCAAAAUGAAGAGUUCAGAGCCGGAAAACAACUUGGAUUCGCCCAACAGUGGUGAGUGUUCGUUUUUUGAGUAACUACUUGUUCAAGUGCCUCUUAUCGAUACGAGAUUGGAAUUGUUUCAAAAUGAAAAGAGUUAGUCAUCGAGUGAUGUGAUGGGGGAACAGUUUCCGUUUGGAAGAGUUGUCUGAACAAAUAUUGGGCAGCACAGAGAUCUGACAAAAAAAAGGUGUCAAUUUUUUCUACAGCUCAGUCGAAACAGUUCUAUACGAAAGGAAGUGACUGCGCAUUAAUAGUUUUUUAUUGAACACUGAACACACUGAACGUUUAGUCGGGCAACUUGAUAAUUGGCCGCAAACGCGGGAAAUGUAUACAUUCCAGUUAGGACUUCACGUAAUUAACGUUCCGCGUAGGAAUGUGCAGGUGUCAAACUUCUCGCCGAAUCUCCAAGAUCACAAAUAUAUUUGCUCAACUCUGCUGCUGCUGCUGCCGCCUCCUACCAUCUACUAUCCUCUCGAUCUUUUCACGCCGACGACUUUUCGUUCCAAUCCGUCCAAGCACUUAUCCCAUUUUGCUUCUUCAUAACUAACUACAAGACAUGAAGAAGCGAGAGCGAGAAAACCGAUUUUCUGGAAAUAAAAAAGUGUUUUAUUCCCUCGCUCUCGUCAUUUCUUCCUGCUUCACAGUAUAGUCUGCAAACAAGCAGAAUAGGGAAAGGAGACGAAAAAACUUGUACGCGUUAUGCUAAUUUUUCUCAAAUCAUCGUUUGAAAUCUGUGUCGGACGGAAAUGCGACCCGAAGAUAUCAGAAUUCCAAGCAACCUUUCAUCUAAGACCUCCUACCCCAUUCUCUUCCAUUUAUUUGUCCGCUUGUCGGAGAUUGUCGAUGACGAUUCAAUACUUUGUCGAUUUUUUUACGCGAUGAGGCUAGUAAUACUUGUACAACACCCAUGCUUUUGACGACACGGUAUUUACCGGCAUUCAUGUGUUUUUCGCGCAUUUAGGAUAGGCUAAUAUUAUGCAAAACAAAUAACAGGUUCACCUCAUUCUCUCUCUCUCUCUCUCUUCAUUCAUAAUCUAUCAUUUAAUGGAUACGAGGCUUCUAUAAAGCAAAACUUGUACUCAGCUUGUCAGCAUCAAGAAGUAAUUACCAUCACAGCAAAAGAGUUCAGUUCUUUUCGACUCAUUGAUCUUUCCGCAUUCGAUUCAAGUGCUUUUUGCGUCGUUUUGUGCCCAUCCGAAAAAGCUCUCAAGACUAGAGUAGUGCCACUGAUACGGUCAUUUGUUAGCUCACGCUCAUGCAUUUCUCGCUCACUUGAUUGCCUCCUUGCUUUUCUUUCGUAAAACACAGGUUUGUCGAGAGAGGGUCGCUCCGAAUCACCACUCUCUUCACAAUGCUCAUUCAGUUCUCCGCGAGAUUAGCGAUUAGCGCCAUGUUCCCCUGUUCCCAUCCAGGAUUUCUGCUUUUUCCACAGUAUCCUUUAUCGAUCACGAACAAUCGCUUCUCUUUCGCUCUGAAUCCCUUUCUGAAAUCUGAGAAAUUUUUUUUCCAGGUAGCAACAUACUAGAAUUCGCUUAGGUAAUGGUAUAAAAUGAAUUUGCGAAGACAUUCCAUGCACCUGCCAGACUUCUGGAAACCUAGUGAAUUCACCCCUCCAGUUUACGAGAAUCUCAAUCAGUUCCAAGAUGACAUGAGGAAUCAAAUUCCUGUUUCUCGAAGACUCGGAUCUGCCUAUGUCCGGAACUAUGUUCAAAAGCCUGACUCCAGUCUUAAAAGAAAGAUCGCAAGAACGCAAAGUGAAAGAAAACCGAGCAGUGAAAACGGAUUCCGGCCGUUCAGAACCGGUUACGAAAUACCCAGAGUCUCUGAGCCGUCGGAUGAUGGAGUGGUUUAUUGCAAUCUUCCGGGUCCAAAUGACCAACAGAGAAAGUGGUCAAUGUCGUUGGAGCGGAAACGGUGUCUGAAUUACCAUCGACCGACGACGGCUUACGAGAAUUUGCCACACUUUUCAUUCCGUCCUGAGCACAGAAGUUGUUCGGAUCUCACGCAGCCGUUCGAAAUGUACCAACCGACAACAAUUUCAAUCUCGUAUCACAAUUUGAAUCAAGGUUACCGCCAGUUCAACAUCUAGAUGAAUUGCCAUUACCUAUUCCACCAUCCCAAAUAAAUAAAUGGCUUUUGCAGAUUUGGAAUAUGGUCCGGGAAUUGUUGAGAAGCUCCGGGCAAAGUUCUCAAAAAUGUCAGGAGCGCAGAAGCAGCAGCAACAGCAAGAGAAGCAUUUCGCAACACAGACGAAAAAGUACAGCUCUUGCGAUGACUUGCUCUCGGAAUCCGAUGUUGCUCAGUGAGUUGACUCAUCUGAGUCUCCCUCAAAAUUUCUUUUUUUCUAGCAAAACAUCAAAAACCUUGUGUCCGCCAGCAGAACUGCAAAGGCGAACUUCUCGUUCAAUUAGUGACAUGUUGGGUUAGUGCGCCAAAUUCCAAAUUCCAAAUUCCAAAUUGACAUUCAAAAUAAAAUUAAUUGAAUUUCAGAAAACGAGGAAAUUGAAAAACCGAUCAUCUCGAGGAAUGUCGAACAAGAAGAGGGACCGGAAGUAAUUAAGAUAUAACGAGUUUCUGAGUGCCAAUAUUCUAUUUGCAGACAAAGUCAAUUGUUCAGCUGCGGCGACGUUUUGAGAAAAAUGGAGAGCAGACAAUGAAAAUGAGAUUUGCCCGGGAUCCGGCGCAGCUCAUCUCGAAAUUCCAACCAGAUCACUUGGAACAAUAUAGGUGCAUUCCCGAUGUACGGCUCAACAAACCACCAGUUCCCACUACCCACAGUACUUUCUCCGUUCAUUCGAACAAACCAACACCGGUACAAAAACCAGCCGAAGUCCAACCAUCACUUCCACCGAAAACAUCGAACGUUUUAAAAGUAUAUCAAAUUUUUUGUUUGAGAUUAUAAAUAUCUAUUUUAUUUCAGGUUCUCAACGACGCCGAGAGCAAUCUGGGAGAGCCCGAGUUCGUUCAAAUUGCCCGACGUCUUCGCAGGUUCCAACCAGAGAUCCAUGACAAUUUCGUAGCUGUGAAUAAUAGCAAUAAUAACAACAUUCACAUAAUGAAUCCACCGAAAACAUCCGCCGCUCCUCCUCCUCCGCCGCCACCCACGCCAGCUCAGCCAGCUCCGGUCCGGCCAGCGACUCUUUGUGAGCGACUCUUCCUCUUUUCUCGCGCCAAUUAUUUCAAUUUAUCCUCUUGCAGCAAUGUGGCAACGCAGACAACCAGAUAUCCCUCAAUACUCGGAAACCGCUAAGAUAAUCAGAGAGAAUUGCGAUAUUGUGUCGCCGCCAGAUCCACGCCCGGCCAGGUACGCGAGACGAGAAGAGCACGACGUUCAGAUAAAACAUGUUUUUCAGAGCGUCCAAACAGCCAAACUCUCCAAUAGCGGCAGAGAACGGCCGGCCAGUCAUACCUGUCGAAACGAGUCCGCCACCAGAAGAGCCGCGGCCUACUGUGGUUUGUUUUUUGGUUUUUUCAUAUCUUGUUUACGUGACCAUCGAUGCAUCAAAAACUAUUUUUGCAGUUGGAGAACUAUUCACAGUUCCGAAAGACUGUUGUCGAUAUUUCUUCUGAUCGAACCGGUAGGUUUUAUUGUUGCGGUUAUUUCUCUUCUUCUUCUUACUCCCAUGUUCUGUUUCCAGCCGCUGUGAGCAGUGUGUUCAAAUACGACAGCUCGUCGUCGACGGUUAAGAACCCAAUGAGCAACAAUCUCUGGAAGCCGAGUAUCAACAGCCCGGCAGAAUCGCCGACGACUUCUUCGAAACUUGCGUUCCUUUCCCGUAAAGUGGAUGACGUUGGAGCCAAGUCGAUGAUCACUUCGCCGAGUUCUGCGGCCAAUGUGGUGUCCAUAUCCGUGAAGGCUCCGAUCUCGAACCGGAUUUACUCAAACUGUGAGUCAGAUGUGCGAAAAAAUAUAGAGUGCUCAAAUAUUUACAACUCAUUUGAGGCCGUUCUAGAUCGUCUUUCCUUCCACUCUUUUAAUACACUUUUCGGUCUUGCUUCCCGUCACUUAUGAACUAAACUAAACUCAAAGUCAGGUUUUACGGCUGAAGACACACUUUCUUUUUCUUAUCACUCCUUUUUUUCUUCUUUCAAGCGUCGUCGUUUCCGUCCAUAGGUGUUAAUAAUACCAACCCUCUUAUAAUCCGCGUCAAAAACAUGGGAAAGCCGAGGGGACAGACAGAACGCAAUGAAACUAGUAGUAUAAUUGACAAAAUUGACUCAUUGUGUCGGGCGCGCGGACAGGCGCAAGACCAGAUGUCUAUGUACUCCCUGGUCUUGUGCAUCUGUCGCCACAAUAGGAAAUCCGUUGUUCUCGAAGGCUGUUAUGACACCCCCAACUGCGACGAAAUCCCGCCGUCUUUUGUGUGGGCACUUUCUUCCUUGAUCAAGUGUCUUUAGACCCUUUAUGUCGGUCACUCGAUACUUUCCCUCUAAAAAGGAUGUAAGAACUUUUUUUUAUUUUUCCCAUUUUUCGCCGAGACUUACACUCACACUUUGCAACCUUGGCGGUAAUCUGAGAUAAUCGUAUCAAAAUGUGAGGGGAAGGAACAAAAUUGCCAAAAAAACAGGGCAGAUCAUAAAAGUAUUUGCCAGUUCAUCGGACCCUAUCGUCUUUUUUUUGUGUCUUCCUCAGACCAGUUGUGGUUGGUUACACAGUUACAGUCUGAUCGCAGAAAACUCAUUACGUCGCGGGGGUUUUGACCUUUUUGUGUACUGGGGGAAAAGAACAGAAGUCGGCUGUAAUGAUUGAAUGUCAACUGAUCAAAUAGCCCUUUUUUGUAGGAGCUUCCAGUUUGUUUACACCGUUUGCAUUUGAUACUGAUUUUUGUACAGAAAACUGAUAGUAUUCAUCUUCAUCCUGUGUUGGACGAUAGUGCCCAUUGUCUUCUUCUUCUCUCUCUCUUUUCCUUUUUCCUGGUAUGAUUCAUCGGAGGGGGAAGUUCUUGCGGGGAAGAUGUUCCUGGCAAUCUUUUCCCGAAAUCAUUUCAAUAACCCUCAGACGUCGAGGCUGGGGGGUGUCGUACCUCUCCCUCCUCCCUCACAGAUAAACAUCAAACGGCCUGAACCGGGAGGGUGUCACUCACCGUUUUACUAUACUCGUGUUUUCGCGCAUCCGUCGUGUCCUCGAGGGGUCUGCCUCACUUGUUUCCCUCGGUCUCGGCGACGGCGCGACCCAAUCUGUAAUUGAUAGCCAUCGGAGGGUUCACUUCAUAUGCUGAUGACCGCCGAUCUCGUCAAGGACCACGUGCCGGGCCGGGGCAAGUGUAAUGCGUUUUGACCGGCCCCCGCUUGUUUCGACAUUACUCUGUUGCAGCCAGCAGCUGGGGGCGUUUGCUUUGCCAAUGACCGGGCUGCCAUCUUGAAUUCUAUUUUAUUUCCUUUCGUUAAAAAGGUCUACUUAGAACGGGCGACUUUGACUUUAGUGCCUUUUUUCAGAAUCACAUAACGUUUCGCCAUUCGAACUUGGCAAAUACUCGAUUUCCUAUUGUCGCUCGUUUCGGGUCGGGUCAGGUCGUCUGCUUCAAAUUUUCCACGUGUCUCACCGCUGUGACCAAGAAAAGAUUGAACUUCCUAUUCCCACUCCCCUUCUUCCAAUUUCUUCAACUUUUGCUUUUCCCCCUACAAGAAAAAGUAGUUUUGAAUCAUAAAACUAUAGUAGUAGGAGGAAGACAAACACAAUUUAGCCAACUGUCAUCCAUCCACUUCAUAAAGCAGCGAUGUUUGUGUAUAAUGAACCUGUCAAAACAAUUCGGUUUGCCCCCCCCCCUGUUCUAUUCGUUUGGUUCCUCGAGUUACAAACCAAUAUAAUUUGCUUCUUUUCUUUCCAAUUUACACUUUCAAACCGUCGUCUCACUUUUUCUCACUCAAAUUAGCCGAUAAUUGCUUGUACAGAAGGAUGCUCUACUCGCGAUACACUAAUCCAUCGGACACUUCCACCGGAUGUUCCACUUUUCAAAUGCGAUGGGUGUCAUCUGCCCUCAGAGCUUGUAAUACAUAGAAACAUAGAAACGUAGCCAAUAGCGGAAACAAAUGAGAAUAUCUUUUUUGUGAAUCUUCAAUCUUGUUUUCAGAUGACAAAACCGAAGAUUUGUCAGAUGUUCGCUCUUCGGCGCCACUGAAGCCGCCGAUCACGUAUUCGCCGUCCUACUCUUCAACUUCUUCUCUCAAUUCAGUCUCACUUUCUUCGAAAUACGUUGAGGAAAAGUCCAAAACUUCGCAACAACAACAACAACAGGCCAUAAACACGAUGGCGCCCUCUAAUUCGCUUUCCGGAUUGCUUUCUCCCCGUGAGAAACCGUACGGAGAUGACGUGACGAUUUUGAAAUCGGUGAGUGCGUCAGCCGUAUCCUGCGAAGACAAACGAGAUGUUUGAUUUGUUUUGCCGUGAUCGUUGCUUUUUCUUCUUCUUCUUCUUCUACCCGCAUAGUUUCACUGCAACGCCUCCAGCAUUUUCAGGAGCCCACUAAUGAGACCCAAAAGCCCGCUGAACCUUCCGCCACUAACAUCAUUGCUCAGCAGGUAAAGUGUAACAAUAGAAAUUUUAAAGUUCCCGUGUAACCCGUUACUUGCAGGAUGAGUCUGAUGAUAACUCAGAUGGAGACAGUCACGAUGGUAACGGAUCUUACGAUAUCACUCCAAUGCGGCCCAACUCUCUUGUCGUAUGUCACACAAUCUCACAUUGUCAUCGAAAACAAAAUUGAUAAUUAUUCAGUUUACUCGUCUAGCAAACGAGGAAGAAAUGGGAGGUGAUGGUAAUGUAAUCAGCCGCAGUCUUCUGUCCUUGGUGGCCGAAGAGGACUUGCCAGAGUUCCUGAUGGCUCUCAAUGAGAAGCCCAUCAGAUAUGUCGUAGUGGAAGAGUCCGAAAAACCAAGCACAUCAAGCAUACUUCGUUCAAGAGAUGUGAAAAAGGAGGAAAAGUCUGCGAAGGUACUCGAGAACGAAUUCAGUGAGAUGUGAGAUAAAAUGAAUACAUUUAGGGAACGCGAAUUCGUUUCUGCACGGACAACCCGAUGGCGUACGCUUACUUGGAUGAAAUCACGGCUACCCGAGCACUCCAAUGGGAUGACGGAACAGUCAUUGAGUACUCGUACUUCAAGGAACUGGAGGCGCAGGAAGAAGCAGCACUGAUGCACAAUGACCCAACCCUCGCACUCAUUGAGCAGUGGGAACAGCAAAUAGCAAACGAUAAUAGUGAGUACAGUGUGACGUGGAAAAGAAACAUAAUUUUCAAUCCUUUCAGUUCGUCCACUUACACAUGAAUCGACGUUCUCCGAUAGUCGACUAGAAACAUCUGCUGUGUAA